AAAAACAUUUGGACUACAAUGUUGUCUGUUGUGUUGUGUUUUUUUUUUUUUUUUAUAUAUACAAAGAAAACUAAGUAAAUAAUUCUCAGGGUCAAAUGUAAAAAUGUUUUCUUUUUUUUGACAAGUAGAUUUUUGUGACAGUAAUAAUAUUUAUUUAAAAAAAAUAUGAAAAAAAAAUAUUUUCUCAAUCCAUAUAAUUGCAUUAUUGCAUUAUAAUAUUAAUAAAAAAUUGACAGUUAAAUAUUCAUGUCAUUGUGGUUGUUGUUAAUAAUAAUAAUUUAAUAAAUAUUGUGUAAUCCAAAUGAAGAUAUUACUCAUUAAAAAUUAAUAUUUAAAAUGAGUCAUUUAAUGAUAUAAAUUUUAUAUUUAUUUUUAUUUUUAUAUAUAAAUUAAUGUGAGCUAAUUUAAAUAAUUAUCGUAAUUUGUUUAAUUAAUAUAACAGUAUUGUGAUGUUACUGUUAUCAAUGAAGUAAAUUUUUUUUAUUUUUACCUUGGCAACUCGAUAACUCACAGUCUUAUCUCUCUCUUGAUGUGUUUUUUUUUUCUUUUCAUAAUCACUUGGAUAACUCACCUCAGCAACCAAGUGGAUUAUUGAAUUUUUAAAUUUCACAAUUUUAUGAAAUUGAUAGAUAAAUAAUAAAAUAAUUAAAUAAAAGCUGUAUUACAAUGGCAUCAAGUAAAAGUCCUGGAAAAAUAACUCUAGGAAUGAUGAGAGGUAAAUCAAUAACAACAUCAGUACCAGUUAUACGUUAUCAUGCAAGUGAUGAUGAACUUGAAGAACUUUAUCCAAGUACAGAUGAUGAAAAAAUAACAGCAACAAUUGAAUUAGAUAAAUCAUCACCAAAAUCAAGUCCAUUAAAAUGUAAUAAAUCAAAUAAUGAUAUUAAUGAUGAUAAUCAAAAUGACAAUGAAACAUGUGGACAAACACAAACAGAUCCAUGGAAAAUGUUAUCAGAUAUACGUGGUAAAAUAACAAAAACAUUUGAAGAUAAAUUAUUAGAAAUUAAAAAUGAUAAAAAAGAUAAAAAAAAAUUACACAGAAGUAUAGAUAAUUCAAGUAUAAGUGAUACAGAAGAUUUAGGUGAUACAACACCAACUGAAGAUUCAAUUAAUGAUGAUGAUAAAAUUAAUGAAAUAAUUGCAGCUAGAGGUAUACGUAAAAGACAAAAAUCAUCAUCAAGAUUUAAUUUUUCAAUGAUUAAAACUGGUAUUAAAACUAAAAAUAAUAUUAACAAUAAUUCUAUAAUUAUCAAUAAUAAUGAUAAUGAUAAAAUUGAUGAUUGUGUUGAAAGUGGUAUUGAAGCUGCUGAAUUAAAUGAUUUUAAUCAAAUUGAUUUAUUAUUUAAAAGCAAUAAUAAACAAUCUGAUGUAUCAAAUAUUAUUAAUAUAAAAAAUAUAAAUAAUAAUACAACAAUAAAUAAUAAACAACAAUUAUUAUUUAAUGAAUUAAAAAAACAAAUUAUAUAUCAUGCAAUAUUUUUACCACUUGUAUUGUGGAUAUUUUAUUAUUUAUUACCAUUACCAAAAUAUAUAACUGGUUUAUUUGCUGGUAUAUUUAUAACAAUAACAAUUCAAAAAGUAAUUGAAAAAAUUAAAAAUUUAUUAUCAAUUGAACCAGUUGAAAUAAAUACAAAUAAUAAUAAUUCAUUAUCAUUUGUUGAAAUUUUACCAGUUGAAGAAUACUCUGUUAUUGAAAAAUUUGAAGGUUGGCUAAAUGAAUUACCAUAUGAUUAUGAUCCUGAUAAUUAUCAUGUUGCAAGAACAAAUACAAUAUUUUUAAAACUUGAAAAUGAUUAUUUAAAAAUUAUGGAAACACGUAGUCGUAUACCAAAACGUGCUGUAUGGAAUGAAACAAAUAUAAAACCAAAAUUUACAAGAAAACGUGUUUAUUCAUUGGCUGGUGCAACUGUUGAAUUAUUACCAGAUGGUUUAACAAGAAGAAGAAGAUGGAGUAAAAAAUAUCCAAUAUGUGUGACAUUUAAUCGUGAGGGUAUUGUUGAAAAUGUUAUUAUUGAUUCACCAUCAGAUGAUGAAGAUAAUAAUAUUGAUAAAGAUAAAGAUAAAAUUAUUAUUGAUAAAAAUGAUGAUAUUGAUGAUGAUGAUGGUGAUGAUGAUGAUACAACAAAAGAUUUAAAUGAUAUAUUUGAAGAUUGUGAAGAUGAGGAUGAUUGUGCUAGAUUAAAAAUAUUUAUAUUUGGUAGAACAGAUAGACAAAAAGAAGAUUGGUAUAGAAGAUUGACACUAGCAGCGAAAUCAACCAACAAAAGAAACUCAAUACAAUCAACAAAAGAGCUGACAUCAUCACCAAGUUCAUCGUCAUUGAGUCAAUCAAAUGGUGAAGGAAAAGCAACAAAUUUAACAACAACACCAACAACAACAACAGCAACAACAGACACACCUACUGAUGAAUUAUCAUACGAAGCAUACAUGGCCCGUUAUACUGAUAAUCAAUCAACACCAACAACAGAUUCUAAUAUUACAAUAACAGAUAAUAAUAAUAAUAUACAAUGGUUUAAUGCAAUAGUUGGACGUAUAUUAUUUGAUAUGCAUAAAUGUCCAGAUAUGAUAAAUGUUAUACAAGAUAAAAUUCAACGUAAAUUAUCAAAUAUUAAAUUACCAUAUUUCAUGGAAAGUUUAUUAAUAUCAGAAUUAGUUAUUGGACAAGGUGCACCAAUAAUAAAUAAAUCAUCAAAACCAACAAUUGAUGAAAGAGGAUUAUGGAUUGAUCUUGAUAUGUUGUAUGAAUGUGAUGUUACAAUGACUGUUGAAACAAAAUUAAAUUUAAUGAAAUUAACAAAAGCAAGAUCAAUGUCUAAUAAUUUAAAUGACAGUAGUUUAUUAUGUGGUAGUCCAAGAUCAAAUAAAUCACCAAUGUUUGAUGAUAAUGUUGAGGAUAGUCCUGAAACAUCAACUGAAGAUGAUGACAGUAUACAAAUGCCAUCAAAUAAUUCAAGAGAAUCAACACCAGUGCAAUCUUCGGGUCGUAAGUUUCUCAGCAUGGUUGACAAAUUGGCAUCAAAUAAAUAUUUUCAACAUGCUGCUGAAUUGUCAUAUGUUCGUCGUGCUAUGGAGGGAGUAUCAAAUACAGAGAUACGUUUGAUGGUAAGUGUAUCAAGUAUUGAAGGAUGUCUAUCAAUAAAUAUACCACCAUCACCAUCAGAUAGAUUUUGGUAUGGUUUUAAACCAACACCUAAAAUUAAUCUUGAUGCAAGACCAGCUGUUGGUGAACGUGCUGUUAAUAUUGGCUAUGUUACUAAUUUGAUAAAAACAAAAUUACUUAAAGAAUUUGAAAAAGUUGUUGUAUUACCAAAUAUGGAUGAUCUUGUGAUACCACUCUGUCCAAAUUUUCCUUAUCACAUUUAAAAGGAAAAUAAUUCAGUCCAAUAUUAUUCAUAACAGUCAAGUUUUUUUUUUAUAUUUAUCACAAUUUUUAUUUAAUAGAUGAAUCAUUUUUCUGUUUUUCUUUUGUUUUAUAUCAAUGUUAUUAUUAUUAAAUAUUAAUUUUAUUACUUGUGAUAAUUAUGAUUAAUUCAAUCAAUAGUCAUUGUAAUUAAUGACUUUACAAUAUUGAAAAAGAAAAAAAUAUUUGUGAUUAGUAUUAUUUAUUAUAAACACAAAAAUGUUGUUUCACAUUUUGGAUAUAAUUUAAUGAUAAAACAACGAAAAUUGAUAUUUAAUUUAAUUAUUAUCAAAUGGGAAAUUUAUUUGGUGUUAAUUUUUAUUAUUUUUUAAGUUUAUAUAUAUUUUUUCUUUAAAUUAUUGCAUUUUUGUAAGUUAGUAUGAAUUAUUAACAAAAAAAAAAGUGAUAAUUUCGUAAUUAAUUUGAUGUUUAAAUAAUUUGAUGGACCAAUCAAUGAGAAUAAAUAAGAGCAAAAGAACAAUAUGCCAAAGUAAAAAUGAAAAUGAGAAAAAAAAAAAAAAAAACAAAACAAAAAAAUUUAUACUGUGUGUGGAUAUAAAAUUAGUUUUUUGUCAUUAAAAUUUUUAUUGUGACAAUGUAAACAUAAUUGUUGUUGUCGUUUUGUUUUUUUUUUUUUUAUUUAAAUUAAAUAAUACAAAUCGAGCACUUGACUACAAAAAAAAAAAAAAACACAUUUUCUACAUCGUUAUUAGCCUUUUUCAUCCGUGUUUUCCAUUGUUUGUUACGAAAAGAAAAAUAAAAAAAUUUGUAUGUGUAAAUAAACAAUCAAUAAACAUAAAUAAUAUAUUUGUCA